AUGGGUCAACUUGAUGGGAAGAUAAUAUUGCUGCCUGCAGCAGCACAAAGGAUUGGAUGAGAACUUGCUAUUGCUGUUGCCAAAGAAGGAGCCGAAGUCAUGGCUACAGACAUAGACAAGUCUAAGCUGCAAGAACUGGAAUAUCCAGGAAUUCAAAUAUCAGUUCUGGAUAUCACCAAGAAGGAACAGGUGGAAAAUCUUGCUAAGGAGAUUUAAAGGACUGAUGUCGUCUGUAACAUGUCAGGAUUUAUUAAUCAUGGAACUGUUUUGGAGUGUGAUAAACCAGACUUGGCUUUUACUAUGAGCCGCAGUGUUCACAACAUGUAUCUAAUGAUCUUGAUCUAAUGAUCAAGAUGUUUCUUCCCAAGGUAAAUGAUUAAGUUGAAAUCUGGAAAACUACAAAUGUCUUCUGUGGCAUCUAGUAUUCAAGAUUAGUAGCUUUCUAGAGAGUUGCUUUUGUAUUUUUUUUUGUCCUAAA